CUCAACUCUGGGCACCUUAAAUAGCAGUCCGACCCCUUCCUUCUCCACAACCUCUCCUCUCCUCUCAGAAUGUCCAGGAGCCUGAAGCAAGUGGCUGUGCUGCUUGUGGCACUUCUGUGCCUGGAUCCUCACGGCCGGGUCGGCUCCGCACCCAUCUGCACACACGGGCCGUCGGGAUGCCACGUCCCAUCCCUGGCAGAUCUCUUCGACAGGGUCAUUCAGCACUCUGCCAGAAUGCACAGCCUCUCCAACGAUCUGCACUCAGAGUUUGAACAGUAUUUCCUGCCCAGCAAAAACCAUAUUGGAAAGAUCUACCGAAAGUGUCACACCUCCAACAUUUUGACUCCAAAUGGCAAAGAGAAUGCACAGAAACUAGCUCGUGAAGAGUUAACGGAGGUGAUUCUUAAGCUGCUGAUGGCCUGGAGGGACCCCCUGUUUCAGCUGCACCAGAGCAUGGCUCACCAGCAGGACUUCAACAGCUUCAGCAGUAACAAAGCCCUGGAGAUGGGCGACAUGGCCCAUGAGCUGAGGAAAGGGGUGGAGAAAGUAGCUGAAAAGAUGCGAGUACUGGGAAUGCUCGGCAACUCUGUGACAGGUCUGUCUGCGGCAGAAGCCAUGCUUCCUAUAUCUGACAGCGGAGAGGCCAUGAGCGACUACGAGCUCCUGUACUGCUUUCGCCGUGACUCGAACAAAGUCCAGAACUAUCUAAAGAUCCUUAAGUGCAGAAUCGUACCAGAGCACGACUGUUAGGAAAAAAAACAUGGGCCUUCAACCUGCACUAAUGGACAGCACAAUGGACACAUGCUGGUCCACACUUAUCAAGCAUGUUUGACUCUGCACCAUCAAUUAAGACCACCACAUCCCAGACUUUUUGCAUCGCUUCAUACUCUAGUACUCCAAACCAAUUCAUUGCUGUAAUUAUCAAAACAUAGUAUGAGCAGGGGAGAUUGAUUCGCCUCUAACAGGAAAUGACCUUCAAAGUAUAUUUUUUCUAUGUACCAAGUGCUUACUAUUUAUAAUUCCACAUAUAAUUCCUCUUGAUCAUAUUUUCAUUUACUGUUUUCAAAUUUGAUCAGUGGCAAAGCAACUUUUCGCUGAAUGAACUGAGCUGACAACA